AUGCUAAUCGAUGGCCUCCAUCAGAGGGUUUUCACUGCCAGUGCUGAAAAAACUGCAAUUGAAUGCAAUUGUAACGAUCACGCCGAUAGCUGUACCUACAACGCGACCCUCGGCCAUGGCCAGUGUAACGACUGUUACCACAAUACCAGGGGUCUCCACUGUGAGCUGUGCUCUCAUGCGUUUUACCCUAAUGAGACGCUGGCAUUGAACAAUCCCAAUCAUUGCUCAGAUUCAACCAGGAGUUUGUCAGGGUGGGUUGAAAUUCAGGAUCAGAAUCCUUCAGCACUGAACCACCAUGCAAGAUGUGGUUGUGAUACCGAUGGCACCCUCAAUCAAACUAAUGUUUGCGACAAGACCUCGGGAGCUUGUCAAUGUAAGGUGACAACCACUGGCCGCAUCUGUGGAGAAUGCAAGGACGCUUAUUAUGGCUUCCCCAAGUACACGCCUGAUGAGGAGUGCAAUACCUGCGACUGUGACAUCGGUGGCUCACUGAGUGAUGUCUGCGACAAGGUGACUGGUCAGUGUCCUUGCCGCCCUGGUGUGACAGGCAGGCGAUGUAAUGAGACAACAACCAAUCGUUUUGUGCAACAUUUUGAUGCUGCUGCAUACCAAGUGAAUGGAGGGUCAUGCGAAUUGAUUGAUGAACUUGCAAACUCUGAGAAUCCCUUUACUGGUUCGCAAUUCGCAUCAUGUGCGCCAGGACAGGAAGUAGAAUUUGAACAAUUCGAGGAGUUUAAACUAAUUGGAGUGACUCCGACGCAAUGGACAAACACAGUUGCCAUCCGUUACAAUCUUAAUGGCACAACCACAUGGAAUGGUGCCAAGUUGAACCACCUUUACGUCGGUGACAGUUCGUCUGGUAGUUGUCCAAAGACUGGAACCACGGAGAUCAGUGCACUAAGUUUCCCUCCUGGUCUUGGUCAGUCUGUCAGCACCCAGGUGAACAUUGAUACCCGGUGUCGAACGAAAGUCACGCUGAGCGUAGGAGCAGGCUACUCUCAUGCUACAGAUAUAAUCGUUGAUUCUUUACUGUUCAUUCCUGGCCUGUAUAGUUUCAAAGUAUAUGACAGCGCAAGUGCCUCCAAGAAGAAAGAGUAUGAUGCCUGUGUAACUAAGAUUUCAUCUCUGGCGACCAGGGAUGAGGCAAUCAACGACCCGACAUGUCGGGCUCUCACUUUCUCAUACUUUACUGAACUAUACAAUGGAACAAUGGCUUGUGCCUGCAAUUCGACUGGCGCUAACACCUCCAGACCCUGUGAACCUAUCGGUGGCCAGUGCUCAUGCAAACCAGGGGUAUUCGCACGCACUUGCGAUACAUGCAAGCCAAGAUACUUCAACUUCACCAGCAGUGGAUGCACAGCUUGUGAAUGCAGCGCCCUUGGAUCCCACGACUUCGUCUGUGACUACACGACAGGACAAUGCGACUGCAAAUCAAAUGUUGCAGAAUCAACUGACCCAAACAACCUAGGAUUUUCCGGCGGGCGCCAAUGCAAGGCUUGCAAGGAGCAUUACUAUGGGUUCUCCGGUGGUGAAGGAUGUAGGGAGUGCAACUGUAAUAUCAAUGGUAGCGAUAUAUGGCAGUGUAACGACCAGGGAGAAUGCGUCUGCAAGCCGACGAUCACGGGCGAGAAAUGCAACCAAUGCCAGGAUGGAUACUAUGGAUUUUCAAAGAAGGGAUGCAUGCCAUGUGCAUGCACGAUGUCCGGUUCCACCAGCUCCGUCUGUGACAAGAUCACAGGUCAGUGCCCAUGUCGCAGCAACACCGAAGGCAGGUCAUGUGACGCAUGUAAGGAUGGCACUUUCAACCUGAUGGACGCCAACCCAGACGGAUGUCAGCCAUGUUUCUGCUACGAUCAUGGGUCGAUGUGCUCCUCGGCAAGCGGAUUUGUGAAAGAUGUGAUUUAUACUGAAGGAACUAAUCUAAACACAGCAUCAGAUGCAGACUACUUCGCUGUUCCUUCCAAGUUCCUUGGCAACCAGCAUCGCCCCUAUGCUCAGGCGUUUACUGUCUUUAUGAGAGGCUUGACCAAGCACGUGGCCAUCGUGGAUCAAGUGUUUGGGAAGUUAGAGGGAAAUGGUGGCGUCAUUUACUAUCAAGUUGAAAACAUCACCAUCAGUACACAUCUGACCAAGGUUGAAAUGUAUCUUCAUGAGAAGUUCUGGACAUUCCAAGAUGGUUCCCGGCCGUCUGCUAUCCAAAUGCAAAGAAUCUUGGCCAAUCUGCAAGGGAUUGAUAUCCGGAGUGUUGUGGGGUCUUCUCCACUUCUGAUAGCAAAUGUCUCUCUCAUUUCCGCCAUGGAGGAUGAUGGAAUGCCUGCAGAUGUUGUCAACUUUGUGGAGAAUUGCACUUGUAGCACUGGAAGAUAUGUUGAAGGUCUCUCAUGUGACGUCUGCAAGCCAGGCACUCAUCGCAACAUCACCAAUGGCGACUCCUACACACCAUGUAAACCUUGUGACUGCUCCGGACGCACAGACACAGCUGUCCCAGAAUGCAGUGCUGUGACUGGCGAGUGUUUGAACUGUCGUCUCGGAACUGUUGGCUUCAACUGUGACAGCUGUGCCUCUCAUGUCGUGGGGGCAGAUUGUGACGCUUGUCAAGACGCUUUUUGGAAUUUGCAAAAAGAUGGCUGUGAAGCAUGUAACUGUGACUCUACAGGAUCAGUGUCACCAGUUUGUAACAAGACGUCGGGCCUCUGUGGGUGCCAUCCGCACGUUGUUGGGGACAGGUGUAAUAUAUGCGAGGAGAACUAUUUUGAUCUUUCAUCAUCUGGAUGUUCUAAGUGUGACAUCUGCUACGACCUGAUCCAGGAUGAGGUCAGCUUGUUACGAGUUCUCCAGGGAAACCUGUCAAACUUGGUGCAGGAAUUACAAUCUGCAGACGAAAACGGUAGAAUCGGAUCAUUUUCUGACCGUCUUCAACAGAUGAUGUUGCUUCUUGAGCAGUUGCUCGGCCAGUUGUCACAAGCCACAAAUGCAGAAAGUACUGUCCUGAGCGAGGUGGCCCACUUAGCUGCAAACCUGAACCGUGUCGAUACAAUGCUACAAACAGUUGGAGCACAUGCCCUAGGGAUCACCAACAGUACUCUCCAGGCAGCAUCAGAUCAGCAGAGUCAGAAUGAUGCACUACUUGCAACGGUGAAUUCAACGGUGGCGUGGAACUACCAACUCAUCCAAGGUGCUUUGGGUGACAUUCUGACUGGUAUAGACAAGUUGGUAAACAGCCUUGAUCAUGUUGAGAAGGAGAUUGAGUCUGUUUACCAGGACGCCUACCACAAGUCCAACAACAUGACGUCGCUGGUCACACAGAUGGAGGACAGCAUUCAUGUCGCUGAGGCAUCAGCAAAACAGGCAAAGAAGUUGGCAGAAAAUGCUGUUGCAACUCAAGCAAACACCACAGCCGGCAUCACCCAACUUGAGCAGUUCUUAAACAUGAUCCACACUGAUGCUGAUAGCUUGUUAAAGAGAGCCGAAACAUCACAGGAGGCAGCGACAUCUAUCAAUGGAAAAGCUAACAGCAUUUUGUUCACCGUGAACAGUUUGGCAGAUCUCCCUGCUAAAACGGCUGAAUUCAACUCGAGGAUUGGGAAGCAAUUGAGUGAAGCACAAUCAUUGACUUCUGAGGUUAAUGAUGCAACUGCUUCCAACCAGUCAUUAGUGAAAGCCAUCAAGACUGCCGGCGAUAAAACCAUGGCACUCAACAUGGCAACAGAAAAUCUGCAUUCAGAAUCAGAAAAACAAUUGGCGAGAGCGGGAGUGGCAUCCCAGAAUGCCUCAGCAGCUGUGUCGCUAGAGGCACAGACGUUAAAUGAUGCACAGACGAUGAUGAACAUCGUACAGAACUUCUAUAAUAAAGCUCAAGCUGUCGAGAAAGCAGCAAAUGAUUCCCUCCUGAUGGUUGAGGCGCUUGAACACCUAAGCCACAAAGCAAUCAUGGGCGCUCAGACUCUCCGCUCAUCCUUGAAUGAGAGUCAGAUCAACGCACAAGGAGCACGAGAUAACUCAAGUCAGGCAAAGAUGCAGGCAGAUGCAAACAAUAAGGAACUGUCCCCAGUCGCCUCAUCGGCACAACAACUCCAACAGAUAAGCGACACAACGUUGAACAACCUGGAUGGAAAGUUGCUGAAUGUUACCAAUACUAACAACACAAUGGUUCAGCCAGCCAAGAAGAGGUGCAGUGACCUUCAACCAUUGACAAAUGACCUUGAAAUUGGCUACAGCAACGCAUCCAAUCAACUCCAGACGAAAAUCAUCCACAUCAUAGCGUCUGCGUCAAAGUUGAAUAAAAUCAAAACAGACAUUCAGAACAUCAAUAAAUUGAAUACAUGGGAAAUAGACGAUUUGAAACUCGCCAUUAAUGGUGCAAAAAGUGAUUUUGAGAAUCGUGAUUUGUCAACAAUGAUUAAUGAUUUGAUAACCGCUAAGAAAGUUCAGCAAGAUUUGAUUGAUUCGUAUCAGGUUCGAAAAAUUACUUUACAGGCGAAGCUUGACAAGUUGAGAUUAUUAAGGAAUCAGUUGCAGGGUUGAAUGAUGUUAAAUUUGGAGACUAGGUCCAGUAAGAGGAAUACAGGUUGCAUUGAUCAAUUGGCAAAGUCGUAAAGAAAGUGUAAUGACCGUGGCGAUUCAAAUUGAUAUAUAGUAGAACCUCCCUUAGUGGACGCCUCUCUAUUAAGGACACCCUCUCUAUGAAAGACACUAGUUUUGGCCCCAAAUUGGGUGGUUUCCAUUCAAUAUAACCUCUCCAAUCAGGACAUCUCUCUAUUAAGGACAGCACUUGUCAGUCCCGAGGGUGUCCUUAAUAGAGAGGUUCUACUUUACCAGUUAUUGGCAAUAGUAGACUUACUGAACAAUGUGUGUAAGGCAAUGAUUUUUCAAUUGGAAUUGAUUUUAACUGUUUUGAUUGAAUUUAAUAUUUUGAUUGUAUAUAAUAGAUGAUUUUGAUUGAAUUAUAUUUAAAACUGCAUUGCAUUUAAUAAGGUUAAAUCUAGCACUGUGGUGAUUGUUAAAGAUUGAAUGACGCAAAUAGUGAUUGAUAAAUUAUUUUUAAGAUUAGUGUCGUAAUUUGAGAAGGAAUGUACA